AUGGUAAGCAAGAUGAACAAAAUAAAAAGGAUGGCUAGGGGAGCCGUUGUUUUUGUUGCACUAGCUGCAAUGGAAGUCAUUGUUCGGGCUAUAAUAAGGAAGAGGAGACCACGUAUUACCUAUGGCCCAAUGCAUGAAAGAGAUCGAAUUAGAUUUGAUUAUCUGAACCAAAAAAUUUGGCAAAGCGAUGUGUUAUGCAAAAACAUGCUAAGGUUUGAAAGAGCUGCAAUCUUUUGCUUGUGUGGCAUACUGAGGGAUCACAAUUUGCUAGAAGAUAGUCCACAUCUUAGUGUUGAGCAACAAUUGGCAAAGUUUUUGCAUACAAUUGGGCAUAACCUUCGGAAUAGGGUUAUUUCAGCCAUUUUUUGUAGAUCAUAUGGCACAACCAGCAUCUAUUUUAGAAAGGCUCUUCAUGCCAUAGGCGAGCUUCGUAAUGAUUACAUAAGGCCACCAUCAUUGGAAACUCCCAAAAAAAUUGCAGGAAAUCAUUGA